CCGUCCCCGCCCGGCCCGGCCAUGCCGCUGCGGCUGGCGCUCUGCCUGCUGGCGCUCUGCAGCCCCGCCGCCGCGCACGGUGGUAUCUGCUGGUUGCAGCAGGGGAAAGAGGCCAAGUGCACCAUGAUCCUGAAGACAGGUGUGACAUGGGAGGAAUGCUGUGCCAAUGGCAAUGUGGACGUGGCCUGGUCUAACUACACCUACCCAGGCAACAAGAUCAGCCUGCUGGGCUUCCUGGGGCUGGUGACAUGCCACCCCUGCAAAGAGAGCUGUGAGGGGGUGGUGUGCGGCCCUGACAAGGUCUGCAAGAUGAAACACGGGCGUCCCCAGUGUGCCUGUGCCCCAGACUGCUCCAGCCUGCCCCGCAAGCUGCAGGUCUGCGGUUCUGAUGGCUACACCUACCGGGACGAGUGCGACCUGCUGACAGCCAAGUGCAGAGACCACCCUGACCUCGAAGUGAUGUACCAGGGCAAAUGCAAAAAGUCCUGCUCCAGCGUGGUGUGCCCUGGCACCCACACCUGCGUGGUGGACCAGACGGGCAGUGCCCACUGCGUGAUGUGCCGGACAGCUCCCUGCCCCGAGCCCACCAGCCUGGACCACGCCCUGUGUGGCAACAACAACGUCACCUACCCCUCGGCGUGCCACCUGCGGCGGGCCACCUGCCACCGCGGCCGCUCCAUCGGCGUGCGCCACUACGGGAGCUGCUCAGCUGCGGCCAAAUUCUCCGCAGAGACGGACAGCGUGGAAGAAAACUACGUGUGAAUCCUCCCUGGGCCGAGCCGGAGCCGGGAGACAGGGGCAUUAUGUGUAUAUUGUACAAACCAUAUACCUGAUAUUUAUUAAGAUAAAAAGAUCCUUAUUUAUCCCUGUGUAUGUUAUGCAGUCGCAGGGGGCUCGAUUCCCAUCCUGCCAGCCGGGGAGCAGGGGUGGGGGCUCACGGCCAGAGAGAUGCUGAGUUGCCCUGGGAUGCUUCGGUGCCCACCUAGUGCCCGGCAGAGCUGUUCUCUGACCAGUACCCUUCCUUGCUGCCAGUGUGGUGUGGAGGGGUGUCCGUGGGCCCCCCCCAUGUGUCCUUGGCCGGCAGCCCUGGGCCUAUUUAUUUUUGGAUUAAUUCUCAGUACUCUGCUGACGUUUCUGGCUGGGACCUCGAAGUCUAGAGGGAAUCUGUGCUUUUGCCUUCCCUGAGGGGCUCAGCCCCAGCUGCCAGCAGCAGGAAAGGCAGUGCAUGCUGCAUCAGUUUGGAGAGAGAUAGAUAUAUAUUUUUAUAUAUAUUAAAAAAAAUAUAUGUAUGUUAUUGUCUCCUAAAGUUUCAGCAUGUGUGUGUUCAAACAGAUUUCAGUUUAGGUCUUCCCAGCCCAUUCAGACCAGGCUCUCACCGUCUUCGGAGGUGAUGCCGGUGCCCUGACAGCUGGUGCAGUGGCAGCCCUAUCUGGGGGGCAAGGCCAUUCUCCCUGGACCACUGAGCCCCCACCCAGAGCCCAUCACCCAGAGCAGCUGCCCCCAGCCCUCUUCAUCCCUCCCUGCCAGAACAGCUUCAGAUGAAGCCCAGGCUGCAGGGAGAGAUGGCCCUGCCCACCCCUCCAAGGACCCCCCCACCGCAGCUGCAGGGCCCUGUACCCCCUGCUCUGCCCACACCUGUAUUUAUUUUUAUUCCUUCUCGCCUUUCUUCUGUUGUCACCUGUGUAAAUACCAGCUCAGCUCUGACACCAAAAAGCUCUUGACUUUAUAUAAAUAUAAUUUUAUAUAUAUAUAUUACAUAUAAAAAUACCUUAUCUUCUUCUUUUGUAUGAGUGGAUUCUGACCCUCAAGGCAGACGCUUUGGGAACACCCACAUUCUCUGCUCUGUAUUGUUGGGGCAUUUUAUGGCUGUGUUAGAGUUGGAUUAUAAUUAUAAACCAGAUUAAAUGGUGC